UUUGACUGCUCGUGCCAGGAAUAAUGCGCAUGCGCCAUUCCUUUGCAUGGUGUGUUUUCAAAUUUUAGCUGCAGCGAUCGGAGCUGUGGCUGUGGUCCUAGUCCUACGACUAUGGAUAGUGCUUCGGCCUCAGGACGUGAGGCCCCGGGAGUCUCUCAAUCUCCUGGUGGUGGCUGGGUCCGGUGGUCAUACCACAGAGAUCCUGAGGCUAGUUGGGAGCUUGUCCAGUGCUUACUCACCUAGACAUUAUGUCAUUGCUGACACUGAUGAAAUGAGUUCCAAUAAAAUUAAGUCUUUUGAACGAGAUCAAGCUAAUCGAGAUUGUAAUACCAUGUAUCCCCAAUACUACAUUCACCAAAUUCCAAGAAGCCGGGAGGUUCAGCAGUCCUGGUUCUCCACAGUGUUCACCACCUUGCACUCCAUGUCGGUCUCCUUUCCUCUGAUUCUCCAAGUAAAGCCAGACUUGGUGUUGUGUAAUGGACCAGGAACAUGUAUUCCUAUCUGCAUAUCUGCCCUUCUCCUUGGAAUACUAGGAGUGAAGAAAGUGAUCAUCGUCUAUGUUGAGAGCAUCUGCCGAGUAGAAACUUUAUCCCUCUCUGGGAAGAUUCUGUUUCAUCUCUCAGAUCACUUCAUUGUUCAGUGGCCGACUCUUAAGGAGAAGUAUCCCAAAUCUGUGUAUCUGGGGCGAAUUGUUUGACAAAUGAAACAACAGACUUUAUUUCCUGUAUGGAAGCAGUGAUGUCCCCAGUGAGUUGUUUCGGCAUAAAGGAAGCAGUAAUAUUAAAUUGGCUUCAUGACAAUUUGCACUCCACAGGCUUCCAGAACCUUGAGCAUAAACCAGCAUUUUUUUUUCAUUCUUCAGUCUUAUUUUAUGAGUAGUUGGCCUCAAUCCACAGUAUCUUCUUAAAUCUCUUUUUUAAUUGUUAAAAUAUAUUAAAAUAUGACCAUUGUUGUAGUAAUAAAAACAUAAUUCUACUUACCAGGAAUCUAAACUCAAAACACUGUUUAAAACGUUUAAGUAGCUUUCUCCGUCAUUUUGACUGUACUUAGUCCUGCUACCAUCUAUAUUUACUAUAUACAUUGAUAAUGUAUGUGCUAUAUGCCAGAUAUUCUUCUAAGCACUUUUCAAAUAUUGUCUUACUUAAGCUAAUAAAAACGUGAUGAGACUA